CCGAAGUGGUGCGGCUCAGCUCUGGGCAGCUCCCCUGAGAAAUCUCCCUCAGGCCUCCGGUGAGCCUAGAGAAAUGGGCAAAGUAAACAUUCACUGACUUUCACAUGUGCCUAAGCAAAAAAAAGAAAGGCGAUUCUGAUAAAAGAUCCGUCUUAACACUGAGUGAUAGGUGUAAAUGGCAUAACAAAGGAGAAAAACCAUAGGAUUCUGUCUCUCAUUCCUCUUCUUUCCCCAGCUGCACAUGCUUUAAACAGAAUAAACUUCUAUGAAGUCAGAAAGUUACCUUUUUCAAGAAGUUAAAGUAAGAUUUGCACAGCCAUUGUAAGAAGCGUAUCAUGAUUUUGGUUAUCAGUCGGUUUGCUAUCUAUGAUAAUAUGUGCCAAUAGUUUUGCCUCGAAGAUCAAAGUGAAGUAGCUUAAAUCCUGACAGAUGUGUGUGUAUACACAUAGACACACACAGUAUUUGCAGGUGUCUCAUCUCUGUUACUAGGCCUGUGCUUCAAAAUCUAGAAACGAUGCAUAAGGUGCCCAGCCCUGGAAUACCCUGAGAAUUUGGAGUACGAUCAGUAGGUGUCACCGUCACUUACUGGUCUGCAACCUGCCUUCUUCUGCAGGACCUUAUUUGCUUCAAAAGACAUUAAUAUGAUAGCACGUUCAGUGCAGAAUAAGUGAAUUGCCCUGCCAGAUCUCAUGCAUGUCUGUGAAGAGCAGUUGUGAUUUUUUUUUUUUAUUUGCAGAUGCCUUACUGUCACCUGAAUUCUGAACGCAGGGCAUCAUUGCUCUGAGUGCUUUUGAAAAUCACAUCAAUCAGUGCCAGAGAUGUUGGCAAGCUACGUGCAUUGUUAUACUAAAAGGAUUAAUAUUUUUGUGUUGCACUGCCGAAUGAUCAGGUUCUGGCAAACGAGUUGAAAUAUCGAUCACUGUUUAUAAAAAUAAGGUAGUGUUUUAUGCAUUUGACUCUUGUAGAAAUUGGAAUCUCCAAAGAAGAGGCACUGGAAGCGUUACAGGUUGUGAGGCAGGAAUGUCCCGGGGAUGCAGCAAGGACUGCUGGGGGAUCAGGCACCACCAGGAAGUGCACAGCACUGGAACUGCUGGAAGAAGAGCAAGCCCAGGGCUUCAUCAUCACCUUUUGUUCAGCACUAGACAAUAUUCUGGGAGGUGGUGUGCAACUAACAAAAAUCACUGAGAUCUGUGGAGCACCUGGUGUUGGGAAAACACAGCUAUGUAUGCAGUUGGCAGUAGACGUACAGAUCCCAGAAUGCUUUGGGGGCGUCGCUGGAGAAGCUGUGUUCAUUGAUACUGAAGGAAGUUUUAUGGUAGACAGAGUAGUGGAUAUCGCAACGGCCUGUGUGCAGCAUUGCCAGCUUAUUGCUGCAGCUCAGCAAGAAGAAGAUCAUCUAAAAGCUUUGGAGACUUUCUCUCUUGAAAGCAUCCUUUCUCACAUAUAUUACUUCCGUUGCCGUGACUACGUAGAGCUUCUUGCACAGGUCUACCUCCUCCCAGACUUUCUUUCAGAGCAUUCAAAGGUCAGACUGGUGGUAGUUGAUGGAAUUGCAUUUCCUUUUCGGCAUGACUUUGAGGACCUCUCGCUUCGAACAAGGCUUUUGAAUGGUCUGGCACAACAGCUGAUCAUCAUAGCAAAUGAUCACAAAGCAGCGGUAGUUCUGACAAACCAAAUGACAACAAGGAUUGGACAAAGCCAGUCCACGUUGGUACCUGCUUUAGGAGAAAGCUGGGGACAUGCUGCUACUGUCCGUUUAAUCUUUCACUGGGACAACAGUCAGAGGUUGGCAACGUUGUACAAAUCACCGAGUCAGAAGGAGUCAACCAUACCAUAUCACAUUACAGUUAGUAUUUCUUACGGGAUGGAGAUACAGAGAUGGGAGCAAACUGUUAUCUGUAAAGGAAUUUUCAGACACGUAGACAAGUCUGAGAAUGACGUUUGGUUUCUUAGUGUUGCCUUUCAGUUGCCUUCUGAAAGUAACCGGUGAUACUGGGAUGUCUCCAGGUUUAUGAAUAUUUUGCACCUUUUCUCUUUAGAAAAAUGACCCGGCAUGUUAGUCCUCUCAGAGUUAAAACAUUUUGAUUUCCAGAUCAAAUCUACAGGCAGCCUGUUCCCAUCUGUUCUUGUGCUAGUACUGCUUAUUUUAUCUGCCCUUGAUGUUAACUUUUGGCCUAAGUGCAAUUACAGAGAACAAUCAUGCACUCUCUGAGCUUUCACUUUGGGAGACUUGAACAAGCCAAGCUGUUUUCUCCCUUGUCAGGUAGGUUAUUGUUUCCCUAGUGGCUUUUCUCUGCAUCUGUUCCAGUUGAGUUUAUCUUUUUAGGACAAGGGUGACCAGAAUCAUACAUGAGCUCUCACCAAUGCUUUGUGCCACACAUAUUUUCACAUCUCUGCUUUAAGUGCAUUGCCUGAUAUAACCUAGGUUGUAUUUAUCUCUUUCAUCACUCCAUCCUACCAGUGACCCCAUGACCAGCCAAUAUGUACAGACUUUUCUGUCACUAUCAUAUGAGGAGCUUCCAGCUUAUGGCUGGAGUCCUUAUUCAUCCCUAGUUAAAUCCUAUGAUUAUUUUCUUUUGUGGAGAGCUUAGAUGCAUAUUAAUGAGAAUACAUACUGUCUAAGCUGUAUUUAGGUUUAAAAAAACCCCACCACUCAACUCUCAUAUCUUCAAAUGUCAGAUACAUAGGUACAUGCCAUAACUAUUUGCUAUGUGUCCUCAUGGAAACACGUUGCCAUAGCAUUUCCUGCGGAUUUUAAUGCUGCCAUAAGAUGGUAUCUUCAAACUAUUGAACAGAAAUCAGAUUUUUUUCACUCCUGAAUAUAUUCACCUGGACAGCAGAAAUACUGCACAUAUAUAUAUAUAUUCUUAGUUCUGUAAAGACUGGAAGGGUGAAGUGGGACUACAUCCCAAGAUUGUUUGGAUCGUGUGAUGUGAACAUGCAGCCCUUUCUCUCCAGCUGACAAACAGAUGGAUUUUAUCUUAGUUGCCUUUCCCUUUCAGUUUUAUAUGCCUUACAGAACAGCUAUGCUCUCUUCUUCUGUGUGAAUGCACACAAUCUUGAAAUACAGUUGAGAGUGUAUCCUAAUCAAAGAUUAGUUAAAACUUAAGAUUAUCCCUGUGUUUUUUCCCUUAAUCCUGUUGAGCUGCUUCAGCAGACCGUUUCUGUAAGUAAAAAAUUUAUUAUCCCUGUUUCUUUCAUGAAAUUCAGGUCUGAUGGUAACAGUCUGCUGUUGUCAUUUCUCAUUUCCAUCUCUGUAGUUAAACUGGAAGAUGUGAAUACAUGUUCAGCGUUUCCAAAUCUGAUCUAGCACAUCUAUGUAUAACCAGCAUACAAGAAAAGAUAAUUAAAAAAAUAAUUAAUUUCUCGAGCCUAGAUCCUCAAAGAUGUUUAGGCUUACACAAAUUGGAUACUUUGGUACCAUUGACAAACUGGCUGUUCAGUGCCUGUAAGCCAAUGGAGAAGUGUGUAACUUAGUGACCAAGCUCAAGUUCUUUUUCAGCUUUGUCCUUCCCAGCUUACUGGCAAGUCGGUCACCACUCUGAGCAAGUGUGGAAGCUGUGGAGCACCUAUCAAAUGAAAUAGUUUCCUUCACAGGCUGAUAAGGAUUCUUUCUUAAGUGCAGGGUAUAGAAAUGUAAAUCGAUUUAUGCACAAGGGAGUAAAAAGAUCAUCUGAUUCACCUAAAUUUCCCAGGUAACGUGGCCUGUUUUAUUUCAUCGUGAAAGAUAAGAGACCCAGAACCUAUAUUCUGGGUAGGAAUUGUCGGUAUUUCCCUGAACUGUGGAGUAUCUGCCAGACUAGCAGUGAGAAUACUGCUCCAAGUAAUGAAGCCAGCUACCUUUGCCAAUCUUGAUGCAGUCUGUAGAUGCCAGAAGAUGCUAAAGAACAAUUCAAAACGACCAUAGACUAUCUGAGCUUUGUAGGUCCUUGGUUCCAUUAGCCACGUUCUUACCAUCUAAAAACCACUAACAAGCUUCACAAAUAUACACCAAAUUCUUGUAUUUUUGAGGUGCUAUGCCCAUAAGGUACAUGCCUGUCACUAAAUGGCUAACAUCCAUACUAAGCAGCCUACUUUAUCGUGUGCUGGCCUUUAUAACCAUUGGAAUGCUUUCACUGGGAGUCUAGCAUGCUGGAUUAAGUGGCUUCUUGGCUACAGAUCCACCUUUGUGCCUAAGGGAAAUGGCAGAGAUUGGAUGUAAGCAGCAGUGAAACAUUAAACUUGAAGAUUCCCCAUUAGGCUAUUUAGAGUAACACUUGAGUUGCUUAUAAUAGCAGAGGGACCGCACAAAUUCUGCCCUUGUGGCACCUCUUGCUGUUUGUUCCUUUAAAACCAUAGCAGGCUGUGUGAGGUGAGGCAUUUAGAAAUAGAAAUACAGAGAUGGGAGACUUAAGCAAAACAUUUUGAUUGGGUUUUGCUUUGGCUUGAUCUUGGUGUGGGACACACUGGCAUUUUAGAGAAGUCACAUGUCUGGUAGUAAUUCUACCUGCUUUUUCACACCCCACCAACCUAAAACAUCGGCUUUCCUGAAACGAUUUCAUCCCCACAUUGUCUCUACCUGAGCAUUUAGGAUCUCCAAAGCGAUUUCUUUUCCUGAUUAACCCCUUUUCCUCUCUUAAGUCUGCGCUGCAGUGAGAGCCUUCACUGAGCUGUCAGCAGUGCUCCCUGCACAGCGUUUGGAGAUGGGAAGACAGGCAGUUGCAGGCUUCACAUAGCAUCUCAGUAUCUCCAUCUGCAUUGAUGACGUUUAACUGAUUUUCCAGAUUUUUCGUAUUUUAAAAUCAUUAAAUUGUGAGCCAAGGUAACAGAAAAUACAAAUGGUACUAAGCCAAAUAGAUCGCUUUAAGCUCUCUCCUGAGUAGCAGCAUCUAGUUUUCACUUCUACAUUUACUUUUUGGCAGUUAAAGGUUCUUAUCCCAUUGUGUCCCAUAAAUUACUAUGCUGGAACAGUCUUUACAGUCUAGAGACUGAUCCAGAUAGGCUCUUCUCUUACAAUGUCUCAUUGGUGUUUGCAGUUCAUUAAGGAGAUACAGGAAACAAAAAAAAUCCUACGUUUUAGAAAUUCAGUUUUGUUUCUGAGAAUGACUUGAGGCAAUUAAUCCAGUCAUCUCCUUGCUUCUGUGGGAGCUUGAAUAAGGGCUGAAGGAUUUGGCUUUUAAUUUAUUUAAAUAGGCAACAUAAGUUAAUUUACAGAGAAGCAGUGCUUCAUAGCCAUGGGGUUUAUUAGUGGUAAAAUGAAAAUGAUAGCCUGGUUGGUGAAAAUAAAGUAUCUUUAAAAAAUAAAAGGAGGAGAUGCACUUUAAUUAGUUGGCAUGUGUGUUGAAAAGCUUGCAGUUCUGAGCUUAGCCUGGUCUAUAAACGUUCUGUGGCUGCUCAUCUAAAAUAAAUGACAGCAUCAUACCUUAUUCUGAUCUUCUGGGAACUAGUUACUCAUACUUUAUAUCCAUAAAAGUGUUACCACGUGAUUUUGCUUAUAUGUUACAGUCUCAUGGCUUCCGAGAUGUGCAGCCUCCAGCUGUCACUCAGAAUGCAGAAGAUACUGAAAUGAACCCUCGCAAACGGCCACGGAGAG